AGGCCAACUCUAUCGAUGCGCUCGACAGACGAUUUUAUGCCCUGCUCCAUCAGGCUCGUUAAUGGAUUUCAGACGGAGUCGAUUGGCGUUUGGAGAAACAUGGAGAGAAACGUUGGGUCGCUGCAGGAACAAGCUCUGAAGAGAAAAGAGAGGCUAAAAGCCCUGAGAGAUAAACAACUUCAUGGACAAGAGCAGGAAGAUGAGGAACCAGAGAGCAAAAAGGCUGCAUUGGAGGAAACCCCUGAAGAAAAGCACAGAGAGCUGAAACUGAGGAAUUAUACCCCAGAGGAUGAAGAGCUAAAGGAGAGGCAGGUACCCAAAGCCAAACCAGCUUCCGUGGAAGAUAAAGUAAAAGAUCAGCUGGAGGCAGCUAAUCCCGAACCCAUAAUCGAAGAAGUGGAUUUGGCCAAUCUUGCUCCAAGAAAACCCGACUGGGAUCUAAAGCGCGAUGUGGCAAAGAAACUGGAAAAGCUGGAAAGGCGAACACAGAGAGCCAUCGCAGAACUCAUCCGGGAUCGCCUGCGAGGCAGUGAGGAGGAGUUGGCCGGAGCGGUGGGAGCAGUCGGGGUGGAGGAGGGAGACUCGGACUGAAUACCUGAUGUAAUGGAGGGGGAAAAACUAAACCGAACAGGAAUGGCAUCGGUUCACUGUGCUGUGCACAUCAUUACUGGUGGCUUCAGAGGAGGUUGGUUGUUUUUUGUCAGGCCUUCCUGGGAGUCAUGUGUCAGUGGAAAUAUUCUGUGUAUGGGGUUUCCCCAAGAAGCGUUUUCAUCUAACCAACUAUGUUUUAUAUCUUUUUUUUUAUAAAUGUAAAAUAAAAGUCAUUUUUGAAA